AUGUCCUUCAACGUUCUGACGACCAACGCAGUUGACCUGCAGCAUCUACUCAAUGAGAAAAAGACCACCAGCACCGAAAUCGUCCAACAAUACCUAGCACAAAUCGACCGCUACGAGCCUACACUCAAUGCACUAAUCUCAGCCGCUCCACGAGCCAAGGUCCUCAGCCUCGCAAAGACCAGAGACGAAGAGCGCCAGAAAGGGCAGAUCCGAAGCCCAUUCCAUGGCCUCCCGAUCGUUUUGAAAGAUAGCUUCGUUACGGCCUCAGAGCUGGGCAUGAGCACUACAGCCGGAUCAUACGCGUUCCUCGGCGCGAAAGCCUCACAGAACGGCGCUAUUGUCCAGCGCCUGAUUGACGCGGGCUUGAUAAUCCUGGGCAAAGCUAACAUGACUGAAUUCGCCGGCAUGAAAAUGACCAUGAUGAUGCCCGGCUGGUCUGCGCAUGGCGGCCAGACCCUGUCGCCGUAUGUUGGGCAGAUAGAGGAGAACGAGAAGAUCCUUGGCCACUCCGCGCCCGGCGGCUCAUCGACCGGUUCUGCAGUCGCCGUUGCAGCGGGCUUUAGCCCGCUUGCCAUGGCUACCGAGACCGUGGGCUCGAUCGUGACGCCGUCAACACGCGCGGGGCUGUAUGCGCUUAAGCCUACGGCCGGGGUGCAGGAUACCACGGGGCUAUAUUGCAUGACGGAGUUCUUCGAUAGUCCGGGGCCGAUGGCGAAAUCGGCAGGUGAUGUGCGUGUUCUUGCUGAGAUAUUACUCGGUCGGUCGUUGAGGAGCCCGGGCAUGGAAUUGGGGUCCUGGGAUGGGCUUUCGGUGGGGUUUCUGGAUCCGAGGGUAUGGAAUAUGUCGCUGCAGCUUUGUGCGCAGAUGGAGGGGACGGCGGAGCAGAUGGUGGACGAGUAUGAAGAGACGGUUGCGGCACUGCGAAGCGGAGGCUGUGCCCUUGGGUACCCGGUUCAUUGCGAGGAUGCCUCGGUUCUGCCGAAGUCCAUAUUGCCGAUUGCAUAUUGGGACUUCAAGAAUGUCUGCAUUCCUGAAUUCAUUGGUUCUUUUGACGAGUGCGCUGUGACAAGCGUUGCGGAUAUCGUCAGGUUUAACAAAGAAUCCAGCGACAUAGCCCUUCCAGCUCCAUUCGUGGAGCAAAAUGACCUGGAAGGGGCAAUGAACGCCAACGAGAGCAAGACACAUAUAGACCAACUGAAAAAUGAUCUUCGCAAGGCCGCAAGAGAUAUUCUGGACGCCUGCUUUGAAAGAGAGAAAAUUAAUGUCCUAGCAGCUCCGGGGGACUCCUCGUUAUGCGUCCAUGCUUCGGCUGCAGGGUACCCUGUCGCCACGGUUCCAGUAGGGCAACUUCGUUAUAAUGGCCGGCCAUUCGGGCUCUGCCUGGUGGCGAGGGCGGGCGAGGAAAGCACUUUAUUGCGGUUUAUGGAAGCUUAUGAGAAGAUCGCUAAGCCUCGUCCAGUCCCGAAAUUUACAUGGUGUGGCACCGCAUGA